AUGAUCCUAAAGCCGGGGGGAGCCACCGCCAUGUCAGGGAACAGCCUCCCACCGGUGAGCCACCUGCCGCACUGGACCCGGGUCGGGCGUCCCGGGAAACCGAGACAUUUACCGGCAGCGAACCAUCACCUCCACCAGCACCACCUUCAGCCCCUCCAGCACCUGCAGCCCCUCCCCGGGGUCCCGGAGAGGGGACCGGGGCGAGCUGCGGAGCUGCCCGGGCAAUGCGACCCGGAUCCCCGCGUCGUCUCCCUGGAGAAGAACAUCCAGUUCCUGCAGCGGCAGCACAGGGACACUCUGGAGCGGCUGCAUGCGGAGGUGGAGUACCUGAGACGGGAGAAUAAAGAGUUGCAGUAUAAGAUGAUAAUGGAGCCUCCCAAGUCGAGUAGAAAAGUACCGACACAUAAUCGACGAGGUGUUCGGCCACUAACUCAGGGAAGAGAAGCUCAGACAGGACUCUACCUGGAGGAGCAGCUACAGGACACGAGACCAUCACAGGACCAGGCACUAAGAAGCACAGCAGAGGGCGGUGAAAUUCUGGGAUCCAAACGGCAGGACCACGGCCCAGAGGUGAGGGGCGGGCUCAUCACUUCAUUACAGCCUCUACGGAUUCACAGAAGCCCCUCCCAUCCGCCGCGUGCUCCCACAAUACAGGAGUGUGAGGUUAUCAUCCGCCAGCUCUACAACGCUAACAGUCUACAGUCUCAGGAAAUUAUACGUGUGAAGUCUCUGCUGAGAGACAUUGUCUUGAGCAAGAAGAUCACGCCAGAGAACUACAUUCUGACCAAGGCCUACCUUGUUGAUGGCACUCGGUAAAGUGAUAAAGAGCCGAUACAACACAUUUCUCAAACCUCUAUUCACAAACAACAUACUUCCUCUCUCAGGUCUGAACCCUCCCACUCUGGCGUGGUCCUCCCAGCACUCAAGCAGAGCCUCAGCUCCACCAUCGCAGAAAGACAGAGGAGAACUCGAGCUGUGCAGAGAGACCGCUUUAAAAGGACUGUGCAUUAA